AUGGCUGAAUCAGCCACAGAACUUAAUUUGUUAUUAGAAAAAUUCGAAUCAUAUUGUGAUGUUUGGAAAAUGAAAGUCAAUGUAGAUAAGACUAAAAUCAUGAUUUUUUGCAAUGGUAGACAACCUGCUGAUCUUAAAUUUAAUUAUGGUAAAAUUGAAGGCCGGCCAUUCUUCACGCAGUAUCCAUUACUGUGCGAUAUAAUCGGAAAAGUGUGUACAGUUUCAUGUAUUGUGUCCCUAGGGUCAAUCACAUUUCUCAGUCUGAACAGAUACAUAUUAAUCUGUCACAACUCACACUACGAGAAAAUAUUUACUCGACGAUCAUGUAUUAUAAUGUGCACAUCACUGUAUCUCGUUGGUAUGAUCAUGGUUCUACUUAAUUCAGCUGGAAUUGGUGGACAUGGUUUUGAUGACAAAAGUUUGGAAUGUAUUUGGGACAGAAUGGCAACAUACAGUUAUACCGUUGUAUUUUCAGUUUGUCUUGUGUGGAUUCCAUUAAUAGUUGUAGGAAUUUCUUACUUAAAACUGUUUUUAUAUGUCCGACAUAAACGAAAAAAGGUCACAAGUACAGAAAACGCAACACAUGUUGACAAUAAAUCAAUUAGACUAGCAAAAACAAUAUUUAUUGUGUAUGCAGUAUUUUCGAUAUGUUGGAUACCGUUUGCAAUGCUACUUGUUGCGGAUGCGGAAGAUACAUUUUCCCACGAAGUACAUCUUUCCAUCACAGUUUUUGCUCAUUUGCAUCCGUCAAUUAACUGGUUAAUUUAUUAUUAUACAAAUGGACACUUCAAAACAGGAUGUCUUAAAAUAUUCAAAAUUCGUGGACAACAGUCCUCACCAUCGCCUAUCGGUACUGUACCUAAAUCUGUGCCUGUCGUGAGCAUUCAUAUGAAAUCACUUUCCUAUGAAGAUUUGAAUUAAAUUAACCUUAA